UAUGGUUCGUAGGUAUAAGAUUUUUCCAAUAUAAUUCAUAAUAUAUAUAUAUAUAUAAGUAUAUACUUUUAUGAUUUUAUUCUCUAAUCGAAAACGGCUUAGCUGCACAAUUUAAAUAUUCGAAAAUAUUGAAUGUGAUCCUUCAAAUGAUGCACACCUUCACAUUUAUUACGUGUGUACGUAUACGGCACAUGUAUAGACAAAAUACGAAUAAACACGUACAGGCAUUGUGUGAUACUCGAAAAAUCUAAAUUCGAAAAUGAAGCAAACAAACAUAAUUGAGUAUGAAUUCACGUACAGAGCAGACUAUCUAAGAUCGAGAACUAAAAUACAUACAUACAUACUUGUGUAUAUAGAAGAAGUCGUAUAAAUUGAGAAACACAACGCAGGCAUUUGCUCUUUAUUUUCGAAAUCGACAAUUUCUGGUUUCGCAGAAUUUAUUAUUCGAAUAAAUAUACGUAUGUACAUGUAGAUAAACACCACAAAUAAAGGCAUAUCAAUUCAAUUGAGACAAACGCUGGUUCACCACAUAUCAUACAUGUAUGUACAUAUAUGCACAACCACACACUAACAGACUCGAGUCGGCGGGUAGGCCAAAAGACAUUGCCUUGGCUACUUUCUGUACCAAUGCGAGUGAGCGCAAUGGACGAGGCAGUUCGACCGAAUGAGCAAGAAUUGCCGGUUGGCAUUGGCAGCGCCGUUUCAAUGUUGUUAUCUUCGUCUUUUAUUUUACUGCUAUAGAGGGUCGGGCAUUCGUCUACGUUGAUUCGAAUAUUUCCAUUUUUGCUUGUUCUUAAUUUUUUCGAUAUAAAUUUUUUCUCAGUUUUUUAUACUCUCCGACUGUUUAUAAAUAAUGUAAUGCAUUUUAUUCAAACCCACUCCCCGCUUCUGCUAUAACGAGCGCUCUUUUUCUCAUACUCACUUGUACUCAGUACCGGAGUCUCGUAGUCGCAGCUACAAUUGGAUAUCAGCAGAUACUCGCGAGUAAUACAUACUAACACUGUGUGUACAGACAGCCACACAUACGGGUACGUAUGUAUGCGCUAUUGGAUUAUGUGCGGCGCUGCUAGUAUCGCAGAGCAGAGGAGUUUUUUAUUGAUGCCGAGAUAUUUGUGAUUUGAAUUAUGUCCAAGUAGUCAAACAGAAACAUUGGCGCUUUGAGCACGUAUUCUCGGGUUAAACACUACUAAGUUCAAUCAAACUAACUAACUGAUGCGAUUCGAACAGAUCCCAUCAGAUUACCGCCAUCAUCCAUUAAUUGAACUAGUUCGGUGUAAAAUACUUGUGGAUCGGUAGGCUGCCUGUGCGUAAGGUGCACCGACAUCGUGUAUUCCGAUAAUAAAUGAUGGAUUAUUAGCCGACUACUUUAGCCUUUAACUGAUGGUGAUUCAAAUCGCAUCGCCGUUGAUGGCGACUCGUAAAUCAAAGCAGCAACAGUUCCCGGGACUGCUUGCAAAUUAACGAAGCUCCUAUUUUGUAUAUAAUUAAUAACAAUGGAUGAAUGAAUAAAAGUGAUCGUAAGAUUCGAAUUUAAAUGUGUUUAAAUUACGCGACGGGUUAUGCCAUGAGAUAAAAAAUAUAUGUAAUGUGGAGAUAAAACUAAAAAGUAAAACAAAUAUUAUUAUGGACGUUUCAACUCUGUGUUUUAAAAAAUGAAUAAUUGAGAAAAUAUCAAGCUCCAAAAAGAAAAACACUCUCAAGAAAAAGUAUUGCAGUAUCCAAUUGAAAUUGCAAAAUUCCUCGAUAAGCGAUUACAUGCAUUUUUAUUUCAUUUUCGUGCGGAACUACUCCAAACUUAUACAAAAUACUAUUUAAUUCGAAAUAUUUAUUACAAACAGAAAAACUCAAAUAAAUACAACAGAAACAGACAUAAUUUUAAAACUCAACAAAGUGAAUAAUUUAUUUAAUUUAUGUGAUCGAGUACAACACCACGCUUCCCCAGACUAGCAGCAAAUUAUUACAUCUAUUUGCGCCGCAAUAGCACAAUGUCGCCACAUUGACUGAUCAACUGAACCCAAGUAUCUAGUUCAAUACGGAACAACACAAUUGCUUAGAGUUCAGUUGCCACCGGCGAGAACUAACCAAACGCCACCAUCUCACUACAAAUCCAUCUCAUUGCAACAAAAAUAUAGUAGCAGGGCGCUUUAUCUUCGGCCGACAACUAAUUUAAAAGAAAAAAGUAACAUCUGUGUGUGCCGACCAAUAACAAUUAGGCACCCGAAUAACCGCUACGGGCAUUGUGAAGUUAGAGUUGAAAAUUAGAACCUGCAACAGCGGCGACGGCGACGGCAGUUAGUGAGAAUUGUGACAGUCUCGUUUGAUUUAUGGCUACAUGCGUCUUAUUGGGUCAUUUAUAUUAUAUUUAUAAAUUGUUUAUAGUUAUGUUAUAAUCAAUGCUAUUUAUAGUGAAUGGUGUGCAUGGUAAACAUAGAGUUGGUGCAAAAAAUACUGCGACAAUUUUACAGUUUAAUAUAGAAUUCUUAUGUGCAAAUAUAAACUAAAGCGGAAACAAGAGAGAACAUACAGCAAAUAAUAAUCGUAAACGAAAAACGCUACAUCCAUUUUUGUGCAAAGCUUAGAGAUUGAAAAGGCUAUAAACAGAAAUUGCAAGAUCCGAAGAUUUUGUGAUUAUCUCCCCUUCUAAAUAAACCGCCAACAUGGAUCCCGACUGUUUUGCAAUGUCCUCAUAUCAGUUCGUGAAUUCUCUCGCUUCUUGCUAUCCACAACAAAUAAAUCCUCAGCAAAAUCACACGGGCAAUCCCACCGGCGGAGCAAAUGUCACAAACAGCAAUGGCGGCCCUGGCGCAAGCGGCGGUGGCAGUGGUUCCGGGGGGCAGAGCAAUUCUAGCGCAGGUACCCCUGGCGGCAAUGAUUACUUUCCAACUGCUGCUGCUUAUUCACCAAAUUUAUACCCGAAUACACCGCAGUCCCAUUAUGCCAAUCAGGCAGCAUACAGUUUAGGUGGGACAGGUGGAGGUGGCCAACAAAAUCCCGACAUGGUGGACUACACUCAAUUGCAGCCGCAAAGGCUGCUUCUACAACAGCAGCAACAACAUGUACAUGUGACGGCGCAACAUGCCGCCCAACAGCAGCAAUCACAUCCGCAACAACAACAGCACCCCCAACAACAACCAGCACAACAACAAACCAAUCUUAAUUGCAAAUACGCCAAUGAUCCCUCAACGCCCACCGGCAACAAUAACAACACUAAUACCAGCAAUAAUAACACAAACACUCAAUCUUUAGCCAGUCCGCAAGAUCUGUCAACGCGAGAGAUUUCGCCGAAGCUAUCACCAACAUCGGUGGUGGAGAGUGUGGCAAGAUCGCUAAAUAAAAGUGUUUUAAGCGGGAAUCUGGCAGUGGCAGCAGCAGCGGCCAACAUAACAAACACUCACGGCGGUGUCGGUGGCGGCGGUGGGGCUGGCGUGAAUGUCAACGUCAACGUAAAUGUGCCAAUGCACAGUCCUGGAGGUGGUGACAGCGACUCGGAAAGCGAUAGCGGCAAUGAGGCUGGUAGUAGUCAAAAUAGUGGCAACUGCAAGAAAAACCCACCUCAGAUCUAUCCGUGGAUGAAAAGGGUACAUUUAGGACAAAGUACUGUUAAUGCCAAUGGCGAGACGAAGCGACAACGGACCUCAUACACCCGCUAUCAGACGUUAGAGCUAGAAAAAGAAUUUCACUUUAAUCGAUACCUGACCCGCCGAAGGCGUAUUGAAAUUGCGCACGCGCUAUGCCUCACCGAACGACAGAUCAAGAUCUGGUUCCAGAAUAGACGAAUGAAAUGGAAAAAAGAGCACAAAAUGGCUUCUAUGAAUAUUGUACCAUAUCACAUGGGUCCUUAUGGCCACCCUUAUCAUCAAUUCGAUAUUCAUCCGUCACAAUUUGCUCAUUUGAGUGCAUAGGACGCGUGGCACUUUUCGGGUACUGGUUAGAGACUCAAUCAGUUGUAUCAGGAACCAUAUCAGGCGGCGGCAGCAGCUAGUGUAGCAGCUGGUGGAUAUCAGACACAAAACACACAAGACUCUAGCAUGGCCCUGAGCGGCGGUGCUGGCGUUGGGGUCGCUUCUGGCGGCGGUAACUCGCUGUUCGCUUCUGCGACCGCUUCCAAUGCUGAAUGUGUCAAAUAUCCACAAGAGUUCUGAUCUCAAAUUAUCUUCAGAGAACAUCCACAGCAAUUGCAUCUCCAACAUGAGCACGAAUUUCUACAGCAGCAACACCAAUACGAGCAACAACAUUUAGAACAACAACCGCUGCAUCAUCAUCACAUCCUCCAGUCCGAACGUAGCUCCCUUCUGCAGCUCUGCGAAAAUAAACAAUUGUGCGAAGAUGCAGAAACCACGGAGUUGGAGUUCAAGGACGAAAUCGUCGGUGGUUGUAAUAUGUAUUGUUGUUGAGCGAUGUCAAUGUUGUUGUUGCAAUAAAGCUGUAGAUGCCUUCGAGACUGCUAUAGCUGCUGCUAGCGACUGCUAAAAACAAGAACAACGAUGAUAAUUUCUGAAUGCAACUGAUUUGUGUUAAGCAAGCAACGAGCCUCUAAGAAUGAAUAUAGCUUUCGCGGAGCAUUGGCACUUAUCACCGAAACUUCCGAGAGUGGCUCGUGCAGGUUUAUGAUACUGGUCAGCAACAGAGGAAUUUCGUUUCAUUUGAAUCUUGUGAAUUCAUGAUGUUCACAUUGAAAAUCCUCUCCUUUGUAAGUUAUAAGUACCUCAAUGGACUGACAAAGCUUUAAACUAAAGACUUUGCAUUUCGUCCUCUUUUUCGUGAAAUUGCGAAAACCGUCCAGUAUGAUAAACCGCUAUAUUCUCUAAGCAGUAUUCGAAAAGCAAUUAGUUUUAAGAAAACCACAAGCACUGCCGUCCGCUCAAAACUGCGAUGAUUAAUUAGUAUAUUUCGAAAACUUAAUUAUUAGAAAAAAAGCUGAUUAAAGAAAAUCUUUAUUUUAUUUAUAAACAAAAAAAUUGAAGAGAACUUAACAACGACGGCAGUGCUGUGUUAAUUUUAAAGUAGUUUAAUAUCCAGUGUACAGAAUAAUACAGUGAUCCGCUAACUGUUUUGGUGAAAGUUUAAAUUCAAUUUUUUCAAUCAUAUUAGCCCCAGCACCCCUCCAACUUCAGCAUUUCAAAAAACAUAUUAUUAUUGUUGAACCUGGCGGAAAUGUGUUGACAAUUUUAAAAGUGUCGACAUCUUGUAUUAUGUGCGACAGUACUUAAUUCUAUUUAAUAGGAUGUAAACCCCAUAAUAUUUGAUUUGUUAGCGUACUCAUCUUUGUACAAAUCAUAUUUUGUAAUGUAAAAUUAUUUUCAUGUUUGUAUAUAUUGAAAGUAUCUGUUUAAAUUUUGAUUUUUUUUAUAAUAUAGCUUUAAAUUGUUUUUGUUGACUCUGUGAAUUUCCGGGCACUAGCAAAGUUUGCAACUGAGCUUAACUACACGUGAUUUCAGAAACCUUUCAUAAUCCAUAAAUAUUAAUUUAUAAACCAAUAACAAAAACAAAUUCGGGGAAAACAGGUCAUGUUUAGUAGUCAAUAAGACAAAACAUAAAUAUAAAUACUGAUAUUCAAACAUAGGAACUUUUGCCACAAAUCCUCAAUUUUGCCUUUUUGUGAAAAUUUUAGAGGACGUUCUCAUCAUAUUUGUUAAUCAAUUUUAUUAGUAAAUAUGAAGUUGUCAGCCAUACAGACUUUGAAGUAUUUCGUUUUAAGCGAAUUCCAGACCUACAUAAAAAUUACAGCAAUACCUUUCUUUAGUUAAGAAUCAACUAAAUAGCUCUUUAAACUGCAAAGUCACACGCUGCUUACAAAUGAGAAGAAAAAGAGAAAUAUUGUACUAAAAUCAUAUAUGUACAUACACAUAUGUAGGUUUAUGCAAAUGUUCGACCAUGUAAGUAGACUUCUAAUUAUAUUCCCCGGUAAUAAUAAGGUUAGUGCAUUCGUAUCAAAUAUAUAAUAUGUAUAUUGAGAUAGUCUAAAACAAAUUGAAAACAUUGCUUCAUUAAGUAAUUUAGUUAAGACAAGGUUAAUUUUAAAAAAAUUUAGCGAAAAUUGUUUGUAUUGCGAUUUUUAUUUCUACAAUAAAAUCGUUUUAUCUUAGUUUAGUAAGGCAAAGAUAGUUUCAUAGGAGAUUUGCAAUAUCAGUAUAAAUAGCGAUUAAUAUAUCGAUUGAUAUUUUAUGGCUAAGUGAGUCUCAAGUGUAUGUGUGGUAUGUGCACAGUUAUCAACCCAAUUUGUAUAAGAACGCUGCAUUCCAUGUAAAGAAAUUAAAGUGGUUAGUUACAUAAUAUGUCUCAAAAACAAUUUCAAUGAACGCACUAGUUUAGCAAUCUGACUUCAGUUUAUAUUUCCAUAUUUACCUACAUAUGUAUUACGUAAUAUGUGUGCGUACACAUAAACUCGUACGUAUGCAUACUUUAGAUAAAUCAAUUGCCCGGAUGUAGUGCGCAAUACAAGUAAACAUACGAUUAAAUAGUGUAAGAUUAUGGUAAUGCAAUACUUAAAAAACUAAGCUAAGGAUAGAUUAAAAAAUCAAAAAGAACAAAAUUAAUAAAAUAUUUUAAAAAAAUUUAAAUUUUCGUAUUUCAAGGGUGUUCUAUGGUGCAAGAUGGACAUGUGGAAAUGGUGGUGACACCCGUUACUUGGACGAAAGAUAUAUUUAUAUGUGCCCGGGUAGCUCAGUCGGUAGAGCAUUGGACUUUUAAUCCAAGGGUCCAGGGUUCAAGUCCCUGCUCGGGCGAAAUUCUUUAUUUUUUUAUUGUUAUAUUGUAUUUAAAUAUUUCAAUAUAUAGUAGAAAAGUAUCCAAUAACUUAUAAUUGAAAAUUAUAUUCCGUUUUAAAUUGGUUUUAAUGACUCUGAACUAUAGUAUUUUCGUUAUUUUAUCUUAAGGGUAAUGAUUGUCCGUUAUUAUUAAGUUAAAGCUGUAAAUUGUGAAAAUGUAUUACUGCUUCGUGCGAAGACUCGCUCCUAGCACAGGCACGUAGCCAGGGGGGGGGCUAGAGGGCUGAAGCCCCCCCCCCCCGAAAUAAGGAAUUUUUUUAAAUAAAUCGCAAAUAAAAAAGAUUUAUCACUGACUGAAUCUUUUGAAACUCUUAUACACAACUCAGCUCAAACCUAUAACAGUCGUACGCAACUACACUAGACGGUGACUGAAAACUUAUCAAAAGUCAUACUUAAGCGUUGUACAGAUCUGCAUCUU